AAAUAGAAUAGUGGAGGCAUCGGGACUUGACCGGAGGUGUGGCUGUCGUCCGGAUUCUUGCCUGCCGAGGUCGGCGAGGGACCCUUGAGACUGGGCCGUCGUAGUGUUUGCUUAGAUUCCUCGCAUUUGGUGGCUUCUUGAGUGUGCGGGGCUGCUCUUGGGUUGCUGCGGGUUGUUUCCGAGUCUCUGUCGCCCUUUGCUCCUCCUUCUCAAUGACGCAGAGCUUCGCACACCCGGUUGCCAGAGGUUUGCAUGCGAGCAAAGUGCCCAACCGGCGGUACCUUGGACCCUGUACUAGUUUAACCCACCUCUCUAGGUGGUGGACAUUUGCUUGUGUUUGCAGUGUUUCUCAGAAGUUUGAGUCUUACUCAAUUUCUCUUAAGUUUCUUUAUUCCUUCCUGCACUCGCAAGCCUAGUUCAAUCCCUGUGGUUUCUAAACAGAAUUGUUGCUUCAGGCUCCUGUUUUCCUCCUUAACAGCUCAUCUUGGGAUCCUGAUUUCCUACUGUGAUAGCAGCAUGGAAAAUCAACUGGCUAAAUCAACUGAAGAACGAACAUUUCAGUACCAGGAUUCUCUUCCAUCACUGCCUGUUCCUUCACUUGAAGAAUCAUUGAAAAAAUACCUUGAGUCAGUAAAGCCGUUUGCAAAUGAAGAAGAAUUUAAGAAAACUGAAGAAAUAGUUGAAGAAUUUAAAAAUGGAAUUGGAGAAAAAUUGCAUCAAAAAUUACUUGAAAGGGCAAAAGGAAAAAGAAAUUGGCUGGAAGAAUGGUGGCUGAAUGUUGCCUACCUGGAUGUUCGAAUGCCAUCACAACUGAAUGUCAACUUUUCAGGCCCUGCAGCGCAUAUUGAACACUACUGGCCUCCCAAGGAAGGCACUCAGUUAGAAAGAGGAAGUAUAAAUCUUUGGCAUAACUUGAACUACUGGCAACUCUUAAGAAAAGAAAAAGUGCAUGUUCAUAAAGUUGGAGAUACUCCUCUAGAUAUGAAUCAGUUCCGAAUGCUAUUUUCUACCUGCAAGGUUCCAGGAAUUACUAGAGAUUCAAUUGUGAGUUAUUUUAGGACUGAGAGUGAAGGGCAUUGCCCAAGUCACAUUGUGGUGCUGUGUCGUGGCCGAGUUUUUGUCUUUGAUGUAAUACAUGAAGGGUGUUUGAUCACCCCACCGGAGCUUCUCAGGCAAUUGACAUACAUCCACAAGAAGUGCCACAGUGAACCUGAUGGACCUGGGAUUGCAGCAUUAACUAGUGAGGAGCGUACGCAAUGGGCUAAGGCACGAGAAUAUCUGAUUGGUCUUGAUCCAGAGAACUUGACCAUGUUAGAAAAAAUUCAGAGCAGUUUACUGGUAUAUUCCAUAGAGGAUAGCAGUCCACAUGUAACACCAGGAGAUUAUUCUCAGGUAGCAACAAUGACGCUUACUGGAGAUCCAACAGUACGCUGGGGUGACAAAUCCUAUAACUUGGUUUCCUUUUCUAAUGGAGUAUUUGGUUCUAAUUGUGAUCAUGCUCCUUAUGAUGCAAUGGUUCUGGUAAACAUUUGUCAUUAUGUUGAUGAGAAGAUUUUUGAGAAUGAAGGAAGAUGGAAGGGUUCAGAAAACGUGCGGAAUAUACCACUUCCAGAGGAGCUUGUUUUCACUGUGGAUGAGAAAGUAUUAAAUGACAUCAGCCAAGCUAAAGCCCAAUUUUUUAAGCAGGCAUCUGAUCUGGAGAUUGUGGUUUAUGCCUUUACAGCUUUUGGCAAAAAGCUGACCAAGAAGAAGAUGCUUCACCCUGAUACAUUUAUUCAGCUUGCACUUCAGCUGGCCUAUUACAGACUUCAUAGACGCCCUGGUUGCUGUUAUGAAACAGCUAUGACACGAUAUUUUUAUCAUGGCCGUACAGAGACGAUGCGCUCGUGUACAGUAGAAGCAGUCAGUUGGUGCCAGUCUAUGCAGGAUCCUUUUACCAACCUUCUUGAGCGGAAACAAAAGAUGUUACAAGCUUUUGCAAAGCACAAUAAAAUGAUGAAAGACUGUUCAGCUGGAAAAGGAUUUGACCGUCACCUUUUAGGUCUCUUACUCAUAGCAAAAGAGGAAGGUUUCCCUGUUCCAGAACUUUUUACAGACCCACUUUUCUCCAGAAGUGGAGGAGGUGGAAAUUUUGUUCUUUCAACAAGUCUGAUUGGUUAUUUUCGAGUCCAGGGAGUGGUGGUUCCCAUGAUACAGAAUGGCUAUGGAUUUUUCUACUGCAUCAGAGAUGACAGGUUUGUUGUGGCUUGUUCAGCCUGGAAAUCAUGUCCAGAGACUGAUGCAGAAAAGCUAGUUCAGCUGGUUUUUUGCGCUUUCCAUGAUAUGAUGCAGCUGAUGAACACUGCUCAGUUUUAGAGACUAAUCAUUUAUUAAGCACUUACCAAAAUAUAUCAUUAAACUUGAUUUUAGGAGUAGAUUGGUAAUAUGAGAUGAGAAGGAAUGUUGACUUGAAAUUAGAAGAAUCACACUCUCUAAAUAUAUUCUGCCAUAGAAGGUAGAAAUAUUACUUUUAAGCUUCCUCUGAUGCAGUAGCAAUGCAAAUUAUGAAACAGUGAAUAUAGAACUAUGCAAUGUUUAUGAUAAGCCUCAACAGUGCACAACUACAAAUUUUAACAAUGCAAAUCUAAUUUUUAAAUAUUUUUUAUAUGCCUGUGUAGGUUAUAAAUCCCAUCCCUAAAUAUCAUUGUAGAGUACAUCUCUUAAGCGCUUUAACAUUUUCUAGUUGCCAAAGGGUAUAAAAUACAUGAUUGGAUACUGGUUUCCCUGAAAUCAUUGUCUUCCACAUUCACCACAGGGAUACAAGUCUACUACGUUUGAUGGGAAAGAUCACUACCAUUUAAUGGUGAUCUAAAAUACAGCGUUUCUGUUGAGCAAACAGAAAAAUUAGAUUGUUGUAGGGAAGUUUAUACUUCUGACACACACACACA